AUGCGUAGCUCCUCUCCGCGUCCCUUCCUGCGCUCCUUCCCUUACGACUCACACCCGCCGCACUCAACUUGGUUCCUGCGCACCACGGCGAUCGCUGCCUCGUGGCUUGUCCUUGCCGGCUAUACCUUGCUUUCUCUGCUCGUCUCUCCGUCAGCACAACUGCGAUGGUCUACCGAUGUGCUGGCCGCCCUCGGCGGUAUCGCCUUGACCGCAGGCUACCUGGGCGGCCUGAUCGCCUACUUCUUCGCGCGCGCGGCUUCCUUCCGGCUUGAUAAUGUGCUACUGCCGCUGUUGUUGUCGAGCGUCGGUGGACUGUUCCAGAUCGUGUUGAGCUGGGCGGUCCACCGGGAAGUGCAGGCGGGUAAAGCGUACGUGUAUGCACCGCUCGGUGUGGCGUGUGUGGGAACUGUGCUGUGCGCGGGCGGAGCGCUCUUCAUCAAUACACAGCUCAAGAUACAAGAGGCCGUGGAAGAGUCGAGGAAAAGACACCAUGAAAUGCCAGGGCGGGCUACUGGUCCACAAUAUAGCACCACGCAUCGACAUAUACGGGGCGUUUCAGCAUCUACCACCUGGGAUGCGCAGUCCGCUGGUGCCAUUCCGUCUGCGGGUACACCAUUUCUUGACCAUCGCUCGCAACCUCACUCGCGCCAUACUUCACCGCAGCCGCGCCAUGCCAGCCCGGCGCUACCGCAGCAUCCACAGCCGGAGCCCUAUGAUGCACAUCGUAUGCCGAUGCCGCCACCACUGCGACACAUGUCCUCCACCGAACUUCGCCCUAUCGAGAUGCACAUCCCGGAAGACGAGGCACAGCGGCGGCAGCUUCUACGCCUUCUCAUCGCCAAAGAGCAAGCUGACGACCCGCACACAGUGUCCAGCAACCCCGGAACUGGCACUUCAAGUACCUACCGUAUUGACUGGCCUGGCGGUGGGGAUGACAGUGGAAUGCUGAGCCCACAAUUUCCACCGCCGCCAUCAGCGCAAGGGAAUAAGAGGCAGAGUAGCGAGAUAUCGAACCGUUGGACGAUAGGCAAUCUGCUGGGACGCAAGACGAAAACGCCAGAGCCAGUGAUUACUCAGGCUGAUGUUAAGGAAGAGAGGGAUCGCAGACGGAGGGAGAUUGAACGGAGUAGUCUCUCCGAAGGCAUGCUGAGGAGUGAUCAAGCGCUCUUGAGUGAGCGCUCCGCUUACGGCAACGGCGAAGCCUGA